AUGACCAUGACUCUACCAACCUCACAGCAGCAGCGCUUCGGUCCCUCGUUGAACUUCGACUAUGCCGCCCAUGCGCAACCGCCAGCCUUCUCCAAUCCCUGGUCCUCGUCCUCCUCGCCUCCCCAGUCGGGCACCACCGCCGGAGCUCCCCUCUACGUCAACGGCCAGCAGCAACCCGCCGUCGCCCACCACAUGAUGGCGCCUAAGCCUCAGCAGCACGCCCGAGCCAGCACGAGCAGCGCCUCUUCAAUGGCCUCGUUUGCCUCACUGCCCGUCGCCACCACGUCCGCAGACAUGUUGGCCAUGAGUCGCUUGCACUCCACUUCGGCGGCCUACGGCGAUCCAACAUAUACCGCUUCCGCCUCGCCCGUCAGCGGCCACUUCGCCCCGACGUCCGCCCCGCCCUACGAAGCCCUGGGCUAUGCGCCGGCCCCAUCCCGGCAGUCGACCUUUGCCAUGAGCCCGGAGACUGAGAGGCGCUUUUCACAGCAACAGAGCAUGCAGGCCCAGGCCGAUGAACGGAGAAGUUUUGCCGAUGCGCUUGACGCCAGCCAUGGCAUGCUCGCUAUGAGCCAAGAGACGCCCCGAAACAUCUACGGACCUCGCAGCAACCGCUCCUCGGUUGACUCGUACGGCUUCCCGUCGACGCAUUCCACGAUCUCGGACUACUCGACUGCUGGCUCCGACAUCGAGUCGGUCAACUCGAGGAUGCUGCCCCGGCCGCAAGGUUUGAUGGGCUCGCAAAUCCCCCCGGCACCACAGUCGAUGAUGGGCCAGUUCAGCUCCAAGGAGUCUUCGAGCACCCAGAAGAAGCACAAAUGCAAGGUAUGCGACAAGCGGUUCACUCGCCCGAGUUCGCUUCAAACACACAUGUACAGCCAUACUGGAGAAAAGCCGUUUGCUUGUGAGGUUGAGGGUUGCGGACGUCAUUUCUCGGUCGUGUCGAACCUCCGGCGGCAUCGAAAGGUGCAUCGAGGCGAUGCCCGGUCUGAAGCCGGGUCAGAGGAUCACCAUUCGGAUUAG